UUCCUUCCUUCUUUCCUCCUCUCUUUCCACCGCCACCCAAUACCUCUCCUCCCCAUCCAUCGCUAUUUCUUCAUCUCUCAACCACCACACAGCCUCCAUAGCCUCUCCUUCUCUGUCUUUCUCCAGAUUCUGCCUUCCGAAUCACGCACCACACUCUCUCUUUCUGAGCAGAUUCUACCUUCUGAAGCAAGCGACCGCACCUAUUUCUCUAUCUCUGUACUCCUGAAUGACUCGCCGCACGAAGGUCUCUACUUCAACUGCAGAGGAGAACAGGAAGAUGCCUUCGCCGUUGCCGCCCGCCCCCUUUGGCGAGAAGAGGCCCGUCCAGGACGAGCAGGACGUGGUGGUGGGGAAGAGGAAGGCGCAGCCGGAGGGGCAACAGCACUGCUGCGGCAGGGAGAGACUGCAGAGGCACAGGAGUCAGGUGGCGGGACGCGUCUGGAUACCGGAGGUGUGGGGUAAGGAGCAGUUCCUCAAGGAGUGGACCGACUGCGCCGCGCUCGACCGGGCGCUCAUGCCCAUGGGCUUGGUCUCCGCCAAGUCCGCCCUCGUAGAGGAGUGCCGAAGGAGCGCCGGCUCCGGCGGCCUCAGGAUCGACCUCGCCGCCGUGUGAAAUCCUCCGGCGCCGUGGCCGAAACCAGAUUGAAUAUUGCUUUUUGGCUUCCUGCAUUUCACUUGAUUUCUUCUUGUUCUCCUGUAAUCAACUAUGUUAUGAGACGUAAGACGAUGAUACGAUCUGGUUACUCCA